AUGGCAAAAAUAAAAUUCAACAGACAAAGCUGCCGCCAACACGCAUUAGCAUACUUCAGAUUGUUCUCACAUGUAAAGUUUGAAAAAAACACAAAAUUUGGUGAAGAGUUACUUAAAUAUCACCACGAGCAGUAUGUGGAUAAGGUCCACACCAGACCAGACUUAUAUUUAAAGAGCAACGAAAAUAAACAUGCUCAUGACAACAGGUUAAAAAGGAACAUCCCCUUUGUGUAUAGCAACGAAGUUCAAAAUUUAGCAGCACUGAAAGGAAAUCCACUCACCCUUGUAAAUGUGAAGAACGAAAAUGAGGAGUCCUUUGGUGUGGCCACGUUCAAUCCCUAUGCGCUAAUUACGGCCAGGAUAAUAAGUACCAAUGCGCUUUUUUCAGUUAACGUAAAUUUUUUUGUGGAGCGAAUGAAGAAAGCCUUGGCGUGGCGUUCCAAGGUGGUUGAGGGGGGAAAGCGUGCCAACUGGGGCGGAGGCCUCAUCCAGAGUAAUGAGACCACAGCUACCCCUCCCAUAGGAGAGAUUCCCCCAAAUGAAAGUGGUCCCCCCCCUGAAGUACCACUCCUCCCCAGCGACACAUCCUACAGACUGAUCAAUGGCGAAGGAGACAAUAUACCCGGACUCAUCAUUGAUCGGUACCAUGAUUACGUCUCCAUUCAACAUUUAACUCUCGGAAUGGAAUUGCUCGCUGGAACCAUUAACGAGGCAGUCAUGGAAGUGUUAAAUCCAAAGGCUAUUAUAUUUCGGAAUGACAAUAAAGAAAGAUUAAAUGAAAAACUACAUAUUUACAAAAAACUUGUAUACGGAAAAUUACCUGAACAAGUCAUGUUAACAGAAAAUAAUUGUUUUUUUUUUAUAAAUAUGUUAAACUCACCAAACACAGGAUGGUUUCACAACAGAAGACACUUAAGACAACUUAUAUCAGACUAUGCAUAUGAUAAAAAGGUACUAGACUUAUUUUCCUAUGUAGGAUGUUUUGGGAUACAGUGCUCAAAAAAAGGAAAGGCUAAAAAGGUGUUGUGUGUAGAAAAGGAUAGCAAAUUUACACAGCUAGCUAAAGAAUCAGCUUACCUGAACAACCUCACAAAUAAAAAAAUUGAAUUUGUUUGCUCCGAUGCAAUCACCUUUUUGCAAAACUCCAAAGAACUCUUCGAUAUUAUUAUUUUGGACCCCCCCAAUUUAAUUCCAACGUCAAAGUUUAUCAUGUCGGGUACUAAAAGAUACAUACAGCUUAUUAACUUAGCCAAAAAUUGUGUCUCCUCUAAUGGCCUGCUGCUAAUAAUUUUCUCCACCAAAUUGUGUUCCUAUCAAGACCACAUAAACAUAAUUAAUGAGGCCUUUGUAGAUUCGAAUAGAACUGUUAAGAUUGUUGGGCAAGGCCGUGCUUCCCCUGAUCACCCCGCCAACUUGUCCCUCUACCUCUUCGCUGACUUCUACUGGUUCCUCCUCCAGAUCAGCUACUGA